AUCAAAUAUCUGUCAGAGAAGAGAGUGAGGAGCUGAAAUGCAUUUCGGACAGAGUGGAGGAGGAAAGCGAUUAAGGGCAAGACAUGUUGUCGUCUUCAAAGUACAGUUCCAAACAAAUUUCCUACUACUCGCAUAAACCAUAAAUAUUGUUAACCCAGUUGGAAAGUUUAUUGUCUUCUGGCAGGGAAGAAACGACAUUAUAUCUAAUAAGACAUCUAUUUAAGUGGUAUCCAUAGAAACAGUCCAUUCUGAUUAUCUCUGCUCCUAUCAGUAUUAUGAUUUGUAGACAGCAGACAAUGCCAGUCUUCCUCUAUCUCUAUAUUCCACCGGUGACAUUCAUGAUCCAGCAUUUUGGGUGGAUGUAGCCUAAGCCUAUUGUUCUCAGUUAUUUCUUUCUCAGUUGAUCAUGACAAAAUAGAUCAAACUAAUAAUGGCAAAAACUCCUGAAGGCAAACAUACCGGUCAUCAUGAAUUGAAGCAGAUCCCACCUCUAGACUAUUCUUUCAAGAAAUUGGAAUUGUUAACAGAAGAUAUUUUGAGAGAAAAGCCAAGAGGGUCAAGAACCAAAUAUAUUCCACGCAGGGGAUCAAACGAGAGGUUUGUCACAGCUUCAAUUUGGCUCAAUAAUAACAGAAUUGUCUCAGUUGAUGGACUACAUAAGUUGAUAAAUGCAUUAUUGGAGUAUCCUUCCAGAUUAACCUGGCUUGAUUUAUCCUUUAACAGAAUAGAAUUUCUUAGUAAGGAUUUGAAAAAGUUUCCUUCUCUCAGAAUACUUUACCUCCAUGGUAAUAGGAUAAAAGACAUAAAAAUGGUGGCAUUCAUGCUGGGUGUGAUAUCCACUCUGAGAACUCUAACGCUGCAUGGCAAUCCUAUCGAUGCAACUCCAUACUACAGAAACUAUAUUUUGAAAACAAUUCCACAACUUAUGAGUCUGGACUUUGUAAUGAUAACGAUGAGUGAGAGAUUGGCACCUGCCCCACCACAUAAUCUCAUUAAUGAGAGAGUCGAAAAAAUGCUCAAUGAAAAAUCAAGAGAAGUCUAUUAAACUGACUAAUUGGACAAAAAUUAUUGAUCAAUAUUUUACUGUAAGUUGGAAAUAAAAUUUAAGACUGUUCAAAAAAUUA